GAUAAUCACUUUUAUUAGUUUUAUGUACUACUUGAUUUUCCUAUAAAUCUCCACGUUCUAUAACCCUACAAACACACCAAAACUAAUCUCAGGCUCUCAGGACACAAAAAAGCAACUCAGUCCCAUGGCUCUUCUUCUUCUCGUACUCUUUUUCUCGUAUCUCACUGUUGGGUCCGCCUCCGCUUCCGCCGGUGAAAGCUUAUCCACCCCAAAAUCCAAUCUGAUUCAGUAUUGGAACAAAGAGGUCCGAAACAACAACCACGCCAUUGCCAAACCAACCUUUCUCCUAUCCAAGGCAUCCCCAUUGAGCGCGGUCGACUCUGCUAGAUUCUCCGAACUCGCCGCCGAGAAUGCUCUCUCCUCUCAGUUCCUAGCGUUCUGCGCCUCCGCCAACCUUUUCUGCUUCCCCGAUUCAUCCCCGAAUCUCGAAGAACUGAUAACCCAUACCGGUGCUUUCGCCGAUGCAUCAGGGUGGGUUCAGUCAGGUAUUUUCUUUAGGGAAUCGAUGUUAAAGAAAGGGAAGGUGCUGUCAAUGCCAGAUAUCAAGGAUAAAAUGCCUAAGAGGUCAUUUUUGCCUCGGUCAAUUUCAUCGAAAUUACCGUUUUCGACGUCUAAGGUCUCGGAGUUGAAGAAGAUAUUUCACGUGGAUGAUAAUUCCACUGCGGAGACUAUGAUAGUGAAGACGUUGAGUGAGUGCGAGAGUGCUCCGAGCCCGGGCGAGACCAAGCAGUGCGUGGGCUCAGCUGAGGACAUGAUUGACUUUGCAAUCUCGGUCUUGGGCAGAAACAUUGUGGUUCGAUCAACAGAAAAUUUUAAAGGGUCAAAGCAGAAUAUAAUGAUCGGAUCAGUCGAAGGAAUCAACGGUGGCAAAGUCACGCAAAUGGUCUCUUGUCAUCAAACCUUGUUCCCGUACCUACUUUAUCACUGUCAUUCGGUACCAAAGGUUCGAGUCUAUGAAGUAGAUAUACUGGAUCCGAAUUCGAAGGCUAAGAUCAAUCAUGGUGUUGCUAGCUGUCACAUGCACACGUCGGAUUCGAACCCGAAUCAAGCUGAAUUGACUAUAGCGUCAGGUCCCGGUCAGAUCAAGGCUUGCCACUGGGUUGUCGAGAAUCACCUGAUCUGGACUGUUGCUGACUUGCUCACUAGCUAGUCCUUACACACACCAAGGAGCAUCCUCGCCAGAGCUUUGCAGGUUUCGAUGAAGCACAUAUGAAAGCUAAUAAAUGUGCUGAUAGUUUAUGUGUGUUUUGAAGUUGCUUUUUUGACACUGGAGUGUCCCAAAUUUCAGCAAACCCAAUCUGAUGCUAAGUUUGGCCCAAAUGUUAUUUUUGAAGACAAGAAGUGCAACCCAUCUCUUUGAACUUUUUUUUCCAUUAAUAAAGAGAAGUCAAAUUGUCUUCAAUUAGUGUCUCCUCGGAUGUAUCAAAAUUUAUGUUUUAUUUCUCUUAGGCCGACAAGUGUUUUAUUGUACUUCUAGUUCCUAAGGGUCAUGUCUGACUUUGGUCAUGACUAAGUUUAAGUUUUAAUUACUAUUUCCGUUCUCCUAUGCUUAGAGGGUUGUUCUACACUCUAUAUAAGCCUUCUAGCUGAAUUAAAUAAAAUCAAAGUGUAUUUUCAAAUUA